AUGGCCGAUUACAAUACCCUCUAUCAUCAAGGUCUAUACCUCUCCCCCGAUCAACAAGACCUUCUUCUUGCCGCUCUUUCCUCCAACCAACCCCCUCAAAAACAACAGAACGAUAAGCAAAGAUCCCAAGCGAAGACAGAUCCAGACAGCACUCCUGGAAACAUGUCGUCUGGCAGCUUCAGCAUGUCACCAGGAUUCAAUAAAACGCAUCCUGGCUCCGGUGGAUUGGGUUACGGAGAUGAUGAGAGUCCUUUCCUAGACUUUAACCCGGAGCUUGACUUUGAUUUUCCGGGCUCCGAGAAUCUAAUUGGUGACCUACCGGGAAGUCUCCCGUCUGAGGAACACGAGGUAGGCGAAAAGCGGAAGGAUAUGUCGGACAACGAAAACGAAGAGUCGGGAAAGAAGCGCAGAGAAAGCGAUGACAAAGCAGCGAAAAAACCAGGUAGAAAGCCGUUGACUUCAGAGCCUACUUCGAAGCGCAAGGCGCAGAAUCGUGCAGCGCAGCGGGCAUUCCGUGAGCGCAAGGAGAAGCAUUUGAAGGACUUGGAGACCAAAGUGGAUGAGUUGCAGAAGGCCUCUGACGAUGCAAACCAGGAGAACGGACUACUCCGCGCUCAGGUCGAGCGUUUGCAAGUGGAGCUCAGGGAGUACCGCAAGCGUCUCUCAUGGCUGACUACCGGCAGUGGAAUCUCUGCCAUGAGCGCUAUCCCGAGCGCUCAUUCUAGGAAUUUGUACGGCCUCAAUAACAACGACUUCAUGUUCGAUUUCCCCAAGUUCGGAGACCUUCCCGGAGGGCACAUCUUUAAUGGCCCAUUGACCAAGUCAAACCAAAACAAGCCUAGGGAUGGUUCUUCUCCGGCGACAAGCGACUCCCAAGUUCCAGGUGUUAUGACUCGGGAAACACUCAACGGCUCAAACAACCGUGGAAUGCCAACUGCCAAAGCCGCUAAUGGAGUCUCCAACAACCCCUCUCCUAAGGUUCCAUCGGUGUACAAUAUCAGACAGUCCGCAUCAUCACAUGAUUCCUCCAAUUCUUGUUCUCCAUCAUCCUCAUCGGACUCACACCAAAGUCAGAUGCUGUCUUCGAAUGGCACAUCGCCGGAACCGUCAUCAAAUUCGCCUGCUACGAAGCUUAAUGACAGUGUUCAAAAUCAUCAUGCUUGUACCUAUAGCACCAUUGAUGCUGUGAGAGGCAAAAGCGAGAGCGUGUCGAAUACCCCCAGCCAACCCAACAACAACUACGAACAAACACCCGGACCUGGACUGGACCUUCUGGCGCAGCAGAAUGGGGGUCAGUUCGAUCCAGUGCUGUUCGGAGACUGGCGAGAACCUCAAGAUGCAAUUUUGUCGCAGGACUUCGGUACCUUCUUUGACGAUGCCUUCCCCUUGCCGGAUCUGGGAAGUCCAUCUCACAAUUUUAAUGAGGUGGCUAACCCGCAGCCACCGAAGAAGGAUUUGAUUGCUGAAAUCGACAACAAAUUGGAUGAGGAGGUGGUGCCUGGGGAGGACAAAUCACAGAUGUUGUCUUGCACCAAGAUUUGGGACCGCCUGCAGUCUAUGGAGAAGUUCCGCAAUGGCGAAAUUGACGUCGACAAUCUUUGCUCCGAAUUGCGUACGAAGGCCCGCUGUUCGGAGGGUGGUGUAGUUGUGAACCAAAAGGACGUGGAGGAUAUCAUGGGUCGCGUCAAAUAA